AUGUUAGCACGCCUGAAUUCGUUCACCUUGCCAGCUCGUUGCGCAUUUAUGUUAGGAAGCUACACAAGAGCCAAAUAAGCCGCAAAGUAUACAGAUCUUGUUGCCACGAGAAUUUGAAUCCAGCUAUUAAGUGAAGGAAGACGUUGAAGAAUGGAGAUUCGAUUGAUCUGGGUGAUCGCAUUUUUAGUUAUCUUGCUGGAGCAAAGUUCCUUCAACGAAUCUGUACAGACUAAAAGCAAUGUGCUCAUGCGAGAUUUCAGCUUUCACAGAAACAAAUCUGGAAUCGUCGCAAGAAACGUCGACAGAAAUGUGAAAAUUCCUCACGCCGACCACAGCGAUGCACUCUUUGAAACGGCUUCUAGUCCCCCAAGGAAGGGGACAAGAAUACCGACUAGACACAAACGCCUCGGAGAUAACCUGCUGCAGCAUGCUGACAUGGUUGACGGUAAACCGUUCAGAUAUGGCGUGGUGAAGCGCCAAGGAGAACCAGCACAGCUGGCGGAGAACGCUGACAUGAUUGCAGACGAGCUGCUCAAACAUGGCCACGAGACAAUGAGACAGCAGAAGAUCGGCGAGCGAAUGGAGACGGAAGCAGCACGGCGGACAACGUUUAUCAUCUGCUUCGCUAUUAUGGGAUGCUGUUUCAUAUGCACAGUCCUUACUGUAAAAAAACUCUGCUCUUACGAGUAGAAUACAGGACCAGCGAAAAACAAUAACCGGAAUAUACAGUUCGUUUGAAAUGUAACACGGGUUUUCAGGGAGAGCGGUAAACGCUUGCGCUCUCAAACAUGGCAGUAGUUUGCCUUGAAACGGGCAUCUUAUUUGCAACUACACGUUACUUCGUGCCUUGCCAAAUAUAUAUCCAGGCGCAAUUCCAUGACAUAAAUAAAGUCAUUGCCAACUUGACUUUCAACUUCUGGUCAAUUAACCAUUUCCCUUGUCGUGAAUGAUUCUACGGCUGUGUCAUUGUUCAGCAUGAAAUUUACAAGAGCGCAGACAAGAUUUGACCAACUGUAUUUCAUUAUUUCUGAACCAGGUGAACAUCUUUCCAGUCGCGGUUCGGUCUCACAAAAUGACUUUAAGGCCAUUUCUGUUUAGAGUACACUGAUUUCUUUAUUUUGAUACGUGACAGAUUUGGGCAUCCGAAUGAAAAUUGGGAAUGGGUGAAAAAUGUCGAGGGUUCCGACCGAUUCACACGGAGCAGUAUGCCCUUCAAGAUGCACUCCCUGUGGCACUGGCUUUUCAAUCAAAAAGUUGACUUGUGACUCGUUAGGUUGGACCACCAAGUUUAGAUUCGAAGUUCUUCCGCGACGAGUAAUGAAUUCCACAGACAACUGAAUUUCAUGCAAUGCUUUUUUUGCAUUUUAUUUUACGAAUGUCACAAAUGAAUGAAAGUAAAUUACGAGAUUAAGGAGGAACACUGUGAGGGACUUUUCCUAAAAUUAGCUUUGUUAUUCAUCCUAGAUAAUAAAACAUUCGACUUAAGGUAAUACCUGACAAAAAGAUAAGAAGUAAGAUUGACCAGUGGAAGUGGCUUGGUUGGUUAUACUUUUACGAGUAGAAACAAUAUCUACUACCUGCUUUUUUGCUCUUGAAUAUGAUGGACUUCUGGUCCCAGUACUGCUCGUUUUUGUUCACUGUACACAACCUGUCAUCUCAACAUAAAAAAGGUACAAGAUGUAUAUUACAAAACCCCAUUUUAUGAAUCUUGUGAAUCCGGUCAAUGACUCACUGUACAGCACUGUCGAAUGUUGAAGCUUUUUUAAAAAA